GGGUUGUUGUUAGUGGGUGGUGAUCUUGGCUGGUUGCUGGAUGUUGUUUGCCAUCAUUGUUGGUAUGUUGGUGUCUCCAACAUGGUGAUGGUAAUGCAGGCAGCAAACGAACAUGGGCUUGUCGAGUGAGAUGAAAUACUGUGACAUUGUUCAGCUUGCUUGAGCUCCUGGAAAUGUAUUAGUUAUCAUAUCAUGCCUUUCUGUUGCGCAACAUGUGCGCCACUCUUUUGCGCCAGGCACAGAUGUCACUCUUGUACUGUCAUGCGGGGUGGCUCAAGUCUCCUUUCUACUUGGACCUGGAGCAUUUUCGAGUCAGGGGCGCUCAGGGUCACUCAGUGUCCUAAAGCAGUCAAGGGUGUCUCAGCCAUGGGUUCUGCCUUGAGCACCGAAGAGCUGAGGAGUGUGACUUCGGCCCUCCAGAAGCUUUCGGAGAAGGACAAGAAGGUGCAGGAGAAGGCUGCCGCCGAAGUGUGUGAGAUGGCAGAUGAUGAGGAGAUGAGAAAGGAGAUCAUGAAACCUGAAAUGCUCACUGCAUUGAUGAAGGGUGGACAGUUGGGAAGUCCAAAGGCACGGAAGAUUGUAGUCAGGACCACGAUGGUGUUGGCCGACCAUUCCCCCAGCAGAUGCAAGAUGCUCAUUAAAGCCGGUGCUAUGGAUGUCUUGCACUCUUUGGCCUUAGCAAAAAAGAGUACCAGUGAAGCCAAGAGGUUGGUUGCCAAUUGUGCAUGGCAACUCUUGCGGUAUGACCACGAAGUAAACAACAUCGACAACAUGCCCGAGGACCCUCAACUCAUUGAAGCUCUAGUUUGCUGCGUCAAAUCAGCUGCGAAGGAAGGCAAAGAGAGAGCCAGUGAUGUCCUCCGAUGGCUCGGAAAGAAGGAGACCAACCGAGCCAAGAUCGUCGAGGCAAGUGGUCUUGAGACAUUGGCACGCUUGGCAAGGUGCGGCACUCAACGGGAAAGAAGCUCUGCACAACGUGCCUUGGAGGAGUUGGACGAAACCACGAUCGAAGACAAAAGUGGCAAGGCCAGAGCUGAAAGCCGACGGAAAGCAUUUCGGCCAUUCUCACUCUAUCGGAUGCUGCCAUCUCGCAUGUGGACUUUACUUGGAUGGAGAGCCAAGAGGAUGCAAGAGGCAGCCUUCAAAGACGCAUCCAUCACUCCCCUGGAAGGCAGUCACCUCAGCUUCAAUACACCCAGCCAGGUGGCUGCCAUGGAUGCCCCACAGGCCCUAGUUCCAGCAGUCAGCUUCAGCACAGCCAAGCGCCCACCUGACAGUGUCCGACGUCGGUGGCAGCGACUGUCGUGUGAGGCAGAGGUAGAGGAUGAAGACAGUGAAGAAUACAUGAUAGACAUGCCUGAGGAUCCCCAAGUCAUCAAGGACUUCGUUUGCUCCGUGAAGUCAGAGGCAGGUGAAGGCAAGGCCGGCGCCACCGAAGUGGAGGAUGUCGUUGAUGCAAGUCUAGACUCCUUGCAAACCUUGGCCUGCUUUGGCACCGAUGAGCAGAAGAACUUUGCUGAACAGACUUUGAAGGAGCUGUUGGUCGGGGAAUUCUCUUCAGCAAUUGAACAGCUCAAAGACGACGAUGAAAAGGUGCAAGAGGAGGCAGCCGCCAAAUUGUGUGAGUUGGCAAAGAAUCAUAAGAGGAUCAAACCCGAGUUCAUGCGGCCUCAGACGCUUCAAACAUUGAUGUCUUGCGGAAAGUCGGGGACUGAAAAAACCCAAAGACGUGUAGUCAAAACCCUGAUAGAGUUGACCGACAGCUCCCACGACUGCAAGAUCAUCAGACAAGUCGGUGCCAUCGAUUUCUUGCACCCUUUGGUCUCAGAGUCUACUUCCAGGAAGUCCAGGGAACUGGUUGCCCAAUGUACAUGGAACCUGCUGCGCUAUGAGAAUGACGACAACAUGCCCGAAGACCAUCAACUCAUUGCAGCUUUAGUAUCUUCGGCCACGUCCGCUGGAGGAGAAGGCAAGAGGUUUGCCGUUGGCGUCCUCGGAUGGCUCGGGAAGAAGGAGAUCAAUCGAGCCGAGAUCGUCCGGGCGUGUGGUCUUGAGACCUUAGUAUGCUUGGAAAGGAGUGGCACUCAACAAGAAAGACGUGCUGCACGAUGUGCCUUGGAGGAGUUAGCAAAAGCGCCUGAGAUUGCGGACCAGAUCGAAGAGCUCAAGUCUGUCAAAGCACUUGGCCUGAGGGAGAACAAGUCCUUUGGAAAAGCCGAGAAGCAAAGUGAUGGCAGAAACGCAACACCUGCGCCUUUGACGGCAACAACCAUUCAAUCAGGUAAAGGCACUCCUGUUGCUAUGUUCUCCUUGCGCUUUGAUGGCGGAGAGGUUGAGAAGAACUUCAGGGCAGUUCACGCAUUGCUCCAAGCUUAUGAGUAUGACGUCCUGAUGGUUGAUGCUGAUGCGGGAGACAAUUUUGGUAUCCUCACAACGGAGUACCUUUCAAGAGUCAAGAACGAGAACGGGGUGAUGCUCGCUGUUUGCACCGAAACAUAUGGCGAGAUGACAACAUCACCGUAUUGCAGCGGGAAGGAAGUGCAAUAUGCUUCAGAUUACAAGAUCCAAGUGGUGCCCCUGUGGGCCGCAGGUGUCUAUCCUCCCAAGCCUCCAGGGUGUGGGCAGAGCUAUGUAGACAUGAUUUUUAGGCCUAAUCUUGUAUACUUGGAUUGCAGAGAGAAAUCGAUCCAGCAGAUUGCGGCAGACAUUGCCAAUCGCUUGCACCGUUGCAGUAGUAAGAGCAGGUCAGGUAGUGCUUAGAAUGCACAAGGCGAGAUCUUACAGUGAUGAAAUCCUACACGAAUGAUCAAUUGGUCAAUUGAAGCUUUCGACACCUUUUGAUACACGUUUUGGCCCAUUAAAGAAGAAUCCAUUGUUGGUCCGAUCAUGUCAAUGAAGUGGGCACUCUUUAGGUAGGAUUCACAUGUUUAAGCAGCGCCCACAAAUCGCGUAGAUCUCUUCACAGCUCCUUCAGCGCCCAAGGCACUUGCUGGAGGCCUGUUUUUCCAAUCUUCCUAGAGCAACAAGAACCUGUACAAGUGUCGGCUC